CAGCGUAUUCACACAGGAGAGAAGCCAUAUCACUGCUCAGAGUGUGGGAAGAGUUUUACUACGCAAAGUCAUCUCCAACGACACCAGCGCAUUCACACAGGAGAGAAGCCAUAUCACUGCUCAGAGUGUGGGAAGAGCUUUGCUAAACAGGGUACCCUUCAAAAACACCAGCGCAUUCAUACAGGAGAGAAGCCAUAUCACUGCUUAGAGUGUGGAAGCAGUUUUUCUCAACAGAAUACGCUCCAAAAACACCAGCGCAUUCACACAGGAGAGAAGCCAUAUCACUGCUCAGAGUGUGGAAAGAGUUUUGCUCAACAGGGUAACCUUCAAAAACACCAGCGUAUUCACACAGGAGAGAAACCGCAUAACUGCACUGAGUGUGGAAAGAAUUUUACUCAAAGUAGUGCCCUAAAAGUACACCAGCGUGUUCACACAGGAGAGAAACCGUUUCACUGCUCAGAGUGUGGAAAGAGUUUUGCUCAACAGGUUAACCUCCAAAAACACCAGCGUAUUCACACAGAAGAGAAACCGUAUCACUGCUCAGUGUGUGGAAAGAUUUUUGCUCAUGAAAAUAAUCUCAAACGGCAUCAGCAUAUUCACAUAGAAAAACUACAUCACUGUUAAGAGUGUGGGAAGUAUUUUAUUGCACAUUGUGUUCUCCAACAACACCAGCGCAUUCACACAGGAGAGACUGAGAGUGACGCUGCGCCUACGCCUUAUAAGGAGCGUUUAAGGAAAGCGAAACCUCAGACACUGUCCGAAGAAAUCGCGCAGAAUAAGGUAAACGCCUUUUAA